CGGCUUAUCGUCUCUUCACUCUCACUCCGCCCCUUUUCCGUUGAGUUUAGCGGCAGCUCUUCGCCUUUCCGUUCAGUUUCCCGCGAAAUUUCCGAUUUUCUCGGCGUAACAGAAUUACCCAACUCUUCUCCCGCACUGCACCAAUAUAUGGACAUGGACCUGCUCUCCUCUCUCUCACAAAAUCCCCUGUUAAACCCUUUCUCUCCUCCCCUAAGCAGACCCCAAGAAAACGAUUUUCUCGAGAAAAUUCCCACAAGAAAACCAUGUGUGGAACCAGAAUCUUCAGAGCCCUCUUCCCCUUUUCUCUCCUCAUAAUCGCCAUUCCUGUGAUUGCGAUGAUAUUCAUUCAGUUUCAGGACUGCUGCAUUAGUUCGAGUAGCCAUCUUGAAUGCCUUACCAAUCUGGUAUCGUCUCUCUCUUGGUACUCGAGGGUGAAGCAAUGGCAAGAUGUUAACCAUGAGGAAUUCAAGAAGAGGUAUGAAGAGAUGGAGAGUAGCUUCAGGGUGUUCGUGUACCCAGAAGGGGAUCCAAAGACAUAUUAUCAAACACCUGGUGUGCUUUCUGGCCCUUAUGCCAGUGAAGGGUAUUUCUUCAAGAAUAUCAUGGAAAGUCCCCUUCGGACUGAGAACCCUGAUGAGGCAACUAUGUUCUUUAUUCCCAUUUCUGUUCAGAAAAUGAGUGCAAAGGUAUAUAGCUUUGAGCAGUGCUAGGGGCACUCGCUUUUUGCACUCUCCGGCCAACACUUCCCCUUUCAUUGGGCCACGUAAGCUUCUUUAAAGCUUUCAGGCGCAACCUCUCGCCACCAAAAUAACGUGGCCCAAUAAAAGAGAAAGUGUUGGCCGGAGAGUGCAGGAGGCGAGUGCCCAUAGCAUUGCUCUAUAGCUUUUAUGUUCCUUAUACUGUUUGUUGUUGUUCAAUUCAGAGAUGAAAUUCCUUUUCUUUUAAACUAUUUCAAAGAUUCAGUUUUUCAGGGUACUGAUUAUGCAAAUUCCGGGUUUAGGUCUAAUUAGUUUUA